AUGCUCUAUUACCACCGGAAACAUUUCCACGCCGGACCGCAGCUGGUGGUCGCCGUCGUAUGGGAACACUUCUGGCCGCUUUGUUACAGAAAUUUGGCUCGCCGAGUAGUUCACGCUUGCACAAAAUGCUUCCGCUGUAAACCCAAGGUUUUAGAGCAGCUGAUGGGAGAACUACCGUCGGAACGUGGGUGUAAACCCACAUUCUCUUUCGUUCGCACUGGUGUGGACUACUGUGGCUCAUUUUUCUAUCGUCCUACUCGCCGUGCCACCAAAUGCUACAUGCCGGUGUUUGUCUGCCUUGCAACAAAAGCUGUUCACCUGGAAUGUGUAGCUGAUCCGAUCACCAACUCGUUCAUGGCCGCCUUGUGGCGAUUUGAGUGCGAUAACGCACUGAACUUUCAAGGCGCUAAACGGGAGCUUGAAGAGCUAGCCCGUCUCUUUCGAAGUCAACAGCACAAGGACCAAGUCUCCCGUAGCUGUUCGGACGAUGGGAUAACAUUCAAGUUCAUCCCUCCCAGGCCCCCAAAUUUCGGGGGGCUUUGGGAAGCGGCUGUCAAGCCACUAAAGCCCAUUUGUGUCGAACUGUGGGAAAAAAUCCCUUCACCAGGACAGAUUUUGGAGUAUCUUAAUCCAAAUUGA